UUCGAUCCUUAAGUCCGCCAUAUUCAAAGCAAUACCGAUACGACGGCCCGAAGCCCCAAAAAUCCAUCAGAAUGUCCCAACCCAUCUCCAAGCUUGACAAUCCAAGUACUCUCCUUCAAUCUGUCUCCUCAAAUGCCGUUCACGAAAAGAUCACUAUAUUACCAGGACAUGAACCCGAUUACUCAGCUUGUACUUUUGCUCUCUGGCAAGAAGAUCAUACUCUUGGAAAUGCUUUGCGAUGGAUUAUCAUGAAGGACCCCGAGGUGGAGUUUUGUGGCUACACAGCUCCUCACCCGUCAGAACCCAAGAUUCAUCUGCGAAUUCAAAUGUACGAGAACCAAUCCGCCGUGGACUGCUUACGGAGAGCUCUCUCCAACUUGCGUGAUCUUCUCAAUGCUGUGAACGAUUCUUAUACUUCCAGUUUACAAAAUGACGAUUACGUGCGGGAGGAUGACUACGACGUAAAAGCGGCUGUCGACGAGACAUUGAAAGAAAGAGGAUUCGCUGUUGAGGAGGAUGAUAGGAUGGAUGUUUCAUGAUAGGUGAUAUAACGAUUUCUGUUGGACUAUAGAGAUGUAAUAAACAAUACAGCGUCGAUUAUCAGUUGAUUUUGAAGGAGUAUGUACGUUGUUUGAUAACGACAAUCCGCUAGAAGAAGCUAUUAAUGGGCAUCAUGGACAUAUCCAUUUGUUUGUUACAUAUUAAUAACUCUUACAUACAUAUUUAACAACGUCACUCUUGUG